GCUCGUAACUACAAAAACCGUUUAAAUUUUUUAUAUUUCAGUGAAAUAAACCAAGUAAGACAUUACAAAGCUUUAGUACAUUUUAAGACACCGUACGCCACAGUCGUCUACUAAUGCUUACACUACCAUACAAUACAGCAGAAAAAGCCAGAUAUUAAAGUGUCGUGCAAGGAAAGUGAAGUUCGGGCAGCUAUAAACGGCCGCGUGUUUGAAACGAACCCACAACUCGAACCGACUAAAAGUUCACGAAAUUUGUUUUUACUUAUAUAUAUAUAUGUAUACAUGUAUUUAUGAACAUCACCAACGGUUUUACAACGGGGUGUUUGUUGUGCGCAUUCAUUUGUGAGCAGUGCGUUAAAGUGAGAGUUUGUGUCUUAAGUCUUUCGAUUUCCCAAUACGAAGCUGUGUCUUCAACUAACAAAACGAAUUUUAUGCCAAAACUUGGUUUUUUCUCAACCGCUUUGCUAUAGUAAAAUAAAUACAAAAAAGCGAAAAACUUGUCUUGUGCUGUGGUUUCAUGCUGUUGCCAAAUUUUGAGUUUAGCGAAAAUGGCGCGGGUGAAUGAACGAGAGUUGCUGCUGCAACUUAUACUCCUGUCUAUAUGCACUUACGCGUGCGUAUUCAAUGCUGCCGAAGCUAAGAGAUUGAAUGCAAACUUAACAGCAUGCCAACAUUUGCGUCGUGUAGAGACCCGACGCGCCAAAGCAUUGUAUUCAAAUGAAAAACACUCCUCAAUUCGUAUACCGCGAUGUAGUAAAAGUGGAGAAUUUGAAAAGAUCCAGUGUCGUAACGAAAGAACCGGCCUAGAUUGUUGGUGUAUUGAUGAGUAUGGCGUCGAAAUACCAGGUACUCGCAACGAGUCAAAGUCGCAGGUACGCUGUUCCGAGCCAACGCACUGCGCGGCUUCUGCGUGUCGCAUGUUCUGUCCAGCGGGCUUUGCCCGGGACCCCGAAACUGGGUGUAGUGUCUGUCAUUGUCGCGAUAUUUGCGAAGGCGUGGUUUGUCCCAACGGACAGGCGUGUCAACCACAAGAAGUCAAAUGCAAAGUUGAACCAUGCCCCCCGGUGCCUACGUGUAAAAAAGCUCGAUCUUUAUCUACAUACUGUCCAGCUGGCAUGCCAUUAGCCAUUGAUGGCAGCAUUCGUCCAUUUCUUUGUGGUAAUGAAACAGGAAAGCCACAAUGUCCUCCACUCUAUGAGUGCAUGAUUGAAACUGGUAAUGAAUAUGGAGUUUGUUGUCCAAGCACAAUGAAAUUCUCGAAGCCAGGAAUUUGUCCGGCGCAAGAUAAAGUUGAAUACAGCGAACGUACGGGAUACAUGUGUGGUUCUCCAUGUAACAGCGAUCUGGAAUGUGGUAAUAUGGAGAAAUGUUGCUUUACAAGGGGUUGCCAAUUUAAUUGCCAGCAGCCGUAUAAUGUGACUACAUGCCAUCAAGCACGUGCCCUCUCCGAUAUUUUAGAGGUCAAUGAGAGGGAAGGUCGUGGCUAUCAACCGGAUUGUAAUGGCCCCGGUGGGUUAUUCUCACCACGUCAGUGCUCGCGUAAUGGCCUCGUAUGUUGGUGUGUUGAUCCACGUACUGGUCAUAAAAUUCAGGGCUCAAUGGGGCCAGCAAAUGAUGUCAAUUGCGAUGGUUGGGAGAAUAUGAUAAGUCAUUCGCUGGGUAGAAGCUUUAAUAUGGAAAAGUGCGAUACGAAUAUUUGCGCAGCAGUAUGCGAAUAUGGUUUUAAGAACGAUCAUAAUGGAUGCCCUUCAUGUGAAUGCUCGGAGCCUUGUGAGGGCUUCAAGUGUGCGAUCGGUUCACACUGUGAAGUUGCCACUGAUCCAUUAUGUGAAACAGGCUCCGCACUAUGCGCUUCCUGGCCUGUAUGCAAACCCGAUUUGGUAUAUUCUAAUCCGUGCGACGUCGGUGCUCCUUUAGCUGAUAAUAUAACUGGUGAAGUUAUGUAUUGUUUUGAAGAGCGCCAAUCUCGAGCUUUUCAACCAACUGCGUUCUUUGAACCGGGACCAGAAAUAAAGCAGUCGCGCUCUAUGUCCAAUCGUAUUGCAUGCCCGAAUAACUAUAAAUGCGUGAAGUUACCCCACGAUACGGAAAGUAUUUGUUGCCCACUUCCUGAAGAGACUAUAGCCAUGGAUGGGCAUUCGACACGCCAACAAACCAUGUGUGAAUAUUUAAGAGAUUUUUCCGAACGCAUGGAAGGUACCGAAGAAGGCAUGCAACUGGCUAUACCGGCACCACGUUGUACCGACGACGGCAACUAUUUAGAACGUCAGUGUGGCAUGAAGAAAAUUCGUGUUACACGUGCUGAACAGCGGCAAAUCCUCGAGGAGAAUACCAUACGACGCAUGCGCAUGCUACUGAAAAGCACUGAUGAGAGACAAACACGUAAGAAACGGCAAGUAGAGCGUUUAAAAUUGUAUCGCGUUAACGAUGACGCCUUAAAAGUGCACAUUGCUGCGCCAAUCCAGAGUCGUAAUGCAAAAGUAAUUGAAGUUGGAGCUGAUCGUACGCAAAGUUUGGGACAACUUUUUGAAGUGGAGUUUAAAAAAGUUUUGCCAGCGCCGAAACAGUCGCUGUUCGACAACGAAUUGGUGGAAAUCGAAGUAGAGGAAUGUUGGUGUGUAGACAGCUUUGGCACCGAAAUACCAAAAUCACGUGGAUUCAAUUUAACUGACUCGGAUUGCUUGAAUAUUCGUGAAUCCAUCGACUGCUUGGAUCUAACUUGCCGAAUGGGAUGUGAAUAUGGCUUCACAUUAGAUCCCAGCACACGUUGCCCCGCCUGCCAAUGUCGCGACCCUUGCGAUGGUGUUGUUUGCGGGGAUGGCAAAGAGUGUCGGAUUGUCGAUGUCUCAUGUGAUGAAGAAUAUUGUCCACCCGUUCCAGCGUGUUUACCGCGUAAACCUGGCCAAUGCCCAUUCCUGGUGCCACCUGGUCCUGACAAUUUGGACGCUAACACGUGUGCUUACGAAUGUCGUACAGACUCGCACUGUGAUGGUCAGAAACGAUGUUGUUCGAAUGGUUGUGGCACCCAGUGCGUGUUGCCUCAAAUGAAAACCGCUUGCCAACAUCUGCACACAAUACAGAUGCACCAAGCAUCAGAGCUAGGUAUACCGGCAAUGAAAAUGCAUAUAGCUCAAUGCGAUGCACGCACCGGCAAAUGGAAUCAAGUACAAUGUUCACCAGAUGGCUUUUGCUGGUGUGUCGAUGAAAAUGGCUGGGCAUUAAACGGCACACGGAUCAAAGGGACGUCGCCGAUAUGCAAGGUGAAUGCAACAUUUGCUUGUCCGGAAACAAAAUGCGAAAAGAAAUGUGAAGCCGGAUAUAAAAUCGAUCAAAACGGAUGUGCAAUUUGUGAGUGUAGAGACUUUUGUAAUGAAAUCAAUUGUUCCAGCGGCGAGGAGUGUCAGCUGAUUAAUGUAGAGUGCAUUGAUUCACCAUGCCCUAAAAUGCCCAUUUGUGUGCCACGGAGGGUAUCGCUUUGCCCAGAAGGUAAUCCGCUGAAACAAGGUGAUCUUGAGGUGAGUUGCGGACCACACAACGAUAAUGAGGCCUGUCCCACAACACACACGUGUCAGUUGAAUCCGGUGACACAUCGUGGAGUCUGCUGCUCUAAGACAAGAGAUGUAUGCUUUGAGUCAAUGGACAAUGCUUGUCUAGGUAAAGUGCAAUCUGAGCGAAAUGUGACACGUUACCGCUUCAGCCCAAAGUCCAAUAGAUGUGUAACUGUUACGAUUGAUCUCGACGCUAAUUCGUGUCAGACAAAGAAUCUUUUUCACAGCGAACUAGCUUGUAAUUCAGUGUGUCCAGUAUUGACUUCAUGCGAGCGCCUCAAACUUAAAAACAACUUAGCGGCCCAGCACUCCGGUUACUCAUCUGUUUGGUUUCAACCACGCUGCGAUCCCGUUACCGGUCAUUGGAGUCCAGUGCAAUGUUUAGGUGCGCAACCGUCUCUCAAUAACGAACCACCCACUCAGCCGAAGGAGUUAGGACGUGCAUCAAAACCGCGUCCCAUCAAGGCUUUCUCUUCAACUAACGGUGUUUGCUGGUGUGCCGACAAGAAAGGAGCACCGCUCAAAGGUACACUGACACGUGAUGUUGAGCCCAUUUGUAAUGGUCGUCAGGGCCGUCAAAGUAAAUCAUUUAAUGUUGACGACCACCUCAUGGAAGAACUAAUCAGACAAAUGACAAGAAUGGUUGAUAUUGAAGAAUAUAGCAUUGAAGGGAGGAAUCUAGACGUCAACAUAGAGCCCGACACUAGCGAUGGACGAAGUAGUAGAGGGCGAAGCAUGAGUGACAGCAUGGCGGUUGAGAGUGAAUAUUAUGAAACACCAGUCAAUCGAACCGAACAAGCCACAGCUGUGCCAAACACCGCAGCUGAAUCAUAUGCUACUGAGCAUAUACUUGAGUUGGCCAAUUCGUUGUUGGACUCCCAGUUGAGCAUUGAACCACUAAAGCCCAUGCCGGUAAGGACAACACGCUGUCGAGCGCUCUCCGAAAUCGCACCCUUUCCCGUAUCCUGUAAUGAACAAGGCGAAUUCCUUCCCACUCAGUGCAAUAGUAAAACCUGUUGGUGCGUCGAUGCGGCGGGAAAUCAAUUGGACACAUCGAACAUGUUUAAACCGGGCACACAUUAUUGUCCGGAGACGCCAAUAGCAUCAGUGGCGAUCGAAUUGCACAUGGUCAAUCGCACAAAUCGAAAUAUUCGCAAUGCUUACGACACCAUCCGCAGAGAGCUAUAUCAAUUGCUCGGCGAUGCUGUGGAAAAUCUGCGCGUGCAAGAAAAUUUUGAUGGAUCUGUAAUUGUUCGUUUUGAACUGCAUAAUGAGGCGAAAAUAGAUCUAGCCUUCGCCAUUGAAUCGGCCAUCAAUGCGAAUCGUUUCAAUUUAGUAGGCGGACAUUUUACACCUGAUAUUUCUAGCUCUCAUUUCAUACACCGCAGCGUGAGCUCGCCUGUCACAACUUCGGUUUCACCUGAAAGUACCAUUCAAUUGGUUCUAUUCAUUAUGGCAACCAGUUCGGCGUUUCUAGUCAGUAUUUUCGUCGUUUAUGUCAUGCUAAAACGAGGCAAACGAACAAAGAUUCUAACCGACCAUUAUGGAUAUCCGAUAUACCCUGCGGAAACGUCUGCUAAAAGUAUAGGCGGUGGUGAUAAGGCAGUUGAUUUUACAGCACCCAUAUUUGUUUUGAGCUCUCACGAUCAUGACUCGGAAAGCACGUCAAACCAGCAGCGCAGUAAUAUCUAAAAUUAAAAUUUGUUAUUUACAUAUUUUGCUUCCGACCUACUGCGGAUCGAAUUGUUUCAUACCUAGAAGUUACUAAGAUAAACUUUAUAAGAAAAUUUAGUUCAAGGUUCUCACUUUUUAUUAGUGUUAAUUACUUCCUAUAACUAGUUGGGAUUCUUGUCUUUACCCACAAUCUUCAUCCUAUGGUGAGGCUCAGAUUGCGAAUAUUUAUUAAUUUACAGUCAUGUGUUAAACGCUAAGGCAUCAAAAAUAA